CCGCCUUGGCGAAUCAGUGACGCCUGUGAUAAAAGGUGCCAAAGCCCUCCAGCGGUAAGAGUUGUACAAGAUGGCUGCUUCCUGUAGGAGCGUGAAGGGCCUCGUUGCAGUAAUAACUGGAGGAGCCUCAGGCCUCGGCUUGGCUACAGCAGAGCGACUGGUGGGGCAAGGGGCUAGUGCUGUGCUUCUGGACUUGCCCAAGUCUGAUGGAGAGGCCCAGGCCAAGAAGUUAGGAAAGAGCUGUGUGUUUGCCCCAGCUGACGUGACAUCUGAGAAGGACAUACAGACAGCCCUGACUCUAGCAAAGGAAAAUUUUGGCCACGUGGAUGUGGCUGUCAACUGUGCAGGUAUUGCAGUGGCCAGUAAGACAUACCACUUAAAGAAGAAGCAGCCCCACAGCUUGGAGGACUUCCAGCGAAUUAUCAAUGUGAAUCUCUUAGGCACCUUCAAUGUGAUCCGCCUGGUUGCUGGUGAGAUGUGCCAGAAUGAACCAGACCAGGGAGGCCAACGUGGGGUUAUCAUCAAUACUGCCAGUGUGGCUGCCUUUGAUGGCCAGGUUGGACAAGCUGCAUACUCUGCAUCUAAGGGAGGCAUAGUGGGCAUGACACUGCCCAUUGCUCGGGAUCUGGCUCCCAUAGGCAUUCGGGUGAUGACCAUUGCUCCAGGCCUGUUUGGCACCCCACUGCUGACCAGCCUCCCAGAAAAGGUGCGUAACUUCUUGGCCAGCCAGGUACCUUUCCCCACUCGACUUGGAGACCCUGCUGAGUAUGCUCAUCUGGUACAGACCAUAAUCGAGAACCCAUUCCUCAAUGGCGAGGUCAUCCGGCUGGAUGGGGCCAUCCGCAUGCAGCCUUGAAAGGAGAAGGCAGGGAAAACACAGGCUCUUGGGCCUUACCUUCCUCUGAGGAAGCCCAAUAGCCAUUUGUAACCACCUACCAAUUGCCUCUGUGACUAAUAAAGUCUCCAAAGGAAUAUGGGCAGUGCUGUGUACUGGAGUAGCUGGCAUGGGGAAGAAAAGUGAAGGCUCCAACAGUGUUGGAUGCCCAAAGCACCAGGGUAGCAUGGGAAAGGCAGUACAUCACACUUUUGUGUCCUGUUACACACGACUUUGACUUCAGUGAAUAACUUUAUUGUCUUGGAUAAAAGAUGGGGGUAUCAGCUUAGCUCUCCCAUUAGGGAAUGGAUUCAAGGUAGGGCUAUGCAGCAUUUUUCUGAUUGUUAACCAUCUGUGAGCUUAAUAAAAAGAGAUGACCUUCUCGAG